UUUUGCUCUUUGUUGGGUCUGACUUGGAAUAGUUACACUUCCUUCUGGGCUAGAAUAUUUUUAUCCGGGACUGCUGUGGGUUCUUGAGAUGAUACCACCACUGAACGCCCGUAUUUCAUUGUCUAGUCCAACCUAGCUUUUGGAUAUCCACAAGGUUCCGGCAAUAGUUCUGCAGGUGCAUUAGUUCUUUUUUGUUUUUGUUUGGGAGGAAGGGGGAGGGCCAUGGAGCCCAUGCCAGCCAGGCUUCAUAUUCUUACAGUGUAUGCUUAGCGAUUACUGUACUUACAGCGUUUCUAACGUCUUCUCAUAAAGGAGAAACCUUCAUAGCCUCAGCCAUGAAGGGAAUCAGUCGCGCGGGGCAUGGAGCUGGAGAGCUCUGAACAGCCCGUGGUUCUGAGAGAGGACCACGGGCGCCGGCGCCGGAGGAUGAAGCCGCGCAGCCCCGCGGCCAGCCUGUCCUCCAUGGAGCUCAUCCCCAUCGAGUUCGUGCUGCCCACCAGCCAGCGCGACAGCAAGACGCCGGAGACGGCGCUGCUGCACGUGGCGGGCCACGGCAACGUGGAGCAGAUGAAGGGCCAGGUGUGGCUGCGCGCGCUGGAGACGAGCGUGGCCGCAGACUUCUACCACCGGCUGGGCCCGGACCACUUCCUCCUGCUCUACCAGAAAAAGGGGCAGUGGUACGAGAUCUACGACAAGUACCAGGUGGUGCAGACGCUGGACUGCCUGCGCUACUGGAAGCUGCUGCACAGGAGCCCGGGCCAGAUCCACGUAGUCCAGCGGCACGCGCCCUCUGAGGAGACGCUGGCCUUUCAGCGGCAGCUCACCGCCCUGAUUGGCUAUGAUGUGACUGACGUCAGCAACGUGCACGACGACGAGCUGGAGUUCACGCGCCGGCGCCUGCUGACUCCACGCAUGGCGGAAGUGGCCAGCCGCGACCCCCGGCUGUACGCCAUGCACCCCUGGGUGACGUCCAAGCCCCUGCCGGAGUACCUAGCGAGGAAGAUUACCAACAACUGCAUCUUCAUCGUCAUCCACCGCAGCACCACCAGCCAGACCAUCAAGGUCUCGGCCGACGACACGCCUGGCAACAUCCUCCAUAGCUUCUUCACCAAGAUGGCCAAGAAGAAGUCCCUGAUGGACAUCCCGGAGAGCCAAAGCGAACAGGAUUUUGUGCUGCGCGUCUGCGGCCGGGAUGAGUACCUGGUGGGUGAAACGCCCAUCAGAAAUUUCCAGUGGGUGAGGCAGUGCCUGAAAAAUGGAGAGGAGAUUCACCUAGUGCUCGACGCGCCCCCGGACCCAGCCCUGGACGAGGUGAGGAAGGAAGAGUGGCCCCUGGUGGAUGACUGCACGGGAGUCACCGGCUACCACGAGCAGCUGACCAUCCACGGCAAGGACCAUGAGAGCGUGUUCACUGUGUCGCUGUGGGACUGUGACCGGAAGUUCAGGGUCAAGGUCAGAGGGAUCGAUAUCCCGGUCCUGCCGCGGAACGCCGACCUCACGGUUUUCGUGGAGGCAAACAUCCAGCACGGGCAGCAAGUGCUUUGCCAAAGGAGAACCAGCGCCAAGCCCUUCACGGAGGAGGUGCUCUGGAAUGUGUGGCUGGAGUUCAGUAUCAAAAUCAAGGACUUGCCCAAGGGCGCGCUUCUGAACCUGCAGAUCUACUGCGGCAAGGCGCCCGCGCUGUCGGGCAAGGCCUCUGCCGACACUCCCGGUGCAGAGUCCAGGGGCAAGGCUCAGCUGCUCUAUUACGUGAACCUGCUGCUGAUAGAUCAUCGCUUCCUCCUGCGCCACGGCGAGUACGUGCUCCACAUGUGGCAGAUAUCGGGCAAGGGAGAAGACCAGGGGAGCUUCAAUGCUGACAAGCUCACGUCUGCAACCAACCCCGACAAGGAGAACGCCAUGUCCAUCUCCAUUCUUCUGGACAAUUACUGCCACCCAAUAGCUUUGCCUAAGCAUCGACCCACCCCUGACCCUGAAGGGGACCGGGUACGAGCCGAAAUGCCCAACCAGCUUCGCAAGCAGCUGGAAGCAAUCAUAGCCACGGAUCCACUUAACCCGCUCACAGCAGAAGACAAAGAGCUGCUGUGGCAUUUUAGAUACGAGACCCUUAAGCAUCCGAAAGCGUAUCCUAAGCUGUUUAGCUCGGUGAAAUGGGGACAGCAAGAAACUGUGGCCAAAACAUACCAGUUGUUAGCCCGACGGGAGGUCUGGGAUCAAAGUGCUUUGGAUGUGGGGUUAACAAUGCAACUCCUGGACUGCAACUUUUCGGAUGAGAAUGUAAGAGCCAUUGCAGUUCAGAAACUGGAGAGCUUAGAAGAUGAUGAUGUCUUGCAUUACCUUCUGCAGCUGGUCCAGGCCGUGAAAUUUGAACCAUACCAUGACAGUGCCCUGGCCAGAUUUCUGCUGAAGCGUGGUUUAAGGAACAAAAGAAUUGGUCACUUCUUGUUUUGGUUCUUGAGAAGUGAGAUAGCCCAGUCCAGACACUAUCAGCAGAGGUUCGCCGUGAUCCUGGAAGCCUAUCUGAGGGGCUGUGGCACAGCCAUGCUGCACGACUUGACCCAACAAGUCCUUGUAAUCGAGAUGUUACAAAAAGUCACCAUUGACAUUAAAUCACUCUCUGCUGAAAAGUAUGACGUCAGUUCCCAAGUUAUUCUACAGCUUAAGCAAAAACUUGAAAAUCUACAAAAUUCUAACCUCCCGACGAGUUUUAGAGUUCCAUACGACCCUGGAUUGAAAGCAGGAACACUGGUGAUUGAGAAAUGUAAAGUGAUGGCCUCCAAGAAAAAGCCCCUGUGGCUCGAGUUUAAAUGUGCCGAUCCUACAGCCCUUUCAAAGGAGACCAUUGGAAUUAUCUUUAAACAUGGUGACGAUCUACGCCAAGACAUGCUUAUUUUACAGAUUCUACGAAUCAUGGAGUCCAUCUGGGAAACAGAAUCUUUGGAUCUGUGCCUCUUGCCAUAUGGUUGCAUUUCAACUGGUGACAAAAUAGGAAUGAUCGAGAUCGUGAAAGACGCCACGACCAUUGCCAAAAUUCAGCAAAGCACCGUGGGCAACACGGGCGCCUUUAAGGAUGAAGUCUUGAACCACUGGCUCAAGGAAAAAUGCCCGAUUGAGGACAAGUUUCAGGCAGCAGUGGAGAGAUUUGUUUAUUCCUGUGCAGGCUACUGUGUGGCAACCUUUGUUCUUGGAAUAGGUGACAGACACAACGACAAUAUUAUGAUCUCCGAGACAGGAAACCUAUUCCAUAUCGACUUCGGGCACAUUCUUGGGAACUACAAAAGUUUCCUGGGCAUUAAUAAAGAGAGAGUGCCAUUUGUGCUAACCCCAGACUUCCUGUUUGUGAUGGGGACUUCUGGGAAGAAGACAAGUCCACACUUCCAGAAAUUUCAGGACGUCUGUGUCAAGGCCUACCUCGCCCUUCGCCAUCACACAAACCUGCUGAUCGUCCUCUUCUCCAUGAUGCUGAUGACAGGGAUGCCCCAGCUAACAAGCAAAGAAGACAUCGAGUACAUCCGGGACGCCUUAACGGUGGGCAAGAGUGAGGAGGACGCCAAGAAGUAUUUUCUUGAUCAGAUUGAAGUUUGCAGAGACAAAGGGUGGACCGUGCAGUUUAACUGGUUCCUGCAUCUUGUUUUGGGCAUCAAACAAGGAGAGAAGCAUUCAGCCUGAUAAUUUAGGCCAGAAUCAGAAACACAGGAAUGGUCUACAGCUUUCAAUCGGCUUGUCAGUCGUCCAGUUUGGAUUUAAAAUGCAAUGGGCCACUGUGAAAGCUGACACACUGCAGAAAUAUUAUUCUUUUCCUUGCUGAACUCUUCACUGGAGGGAAGAAGGUUGGCACUGACUUUUGGUUGGUUGACAUCCUCCUUGCCGAGUUUACCUGCUGGUUGGUUUUUUCCCAUCCAUCUCAGUGUUGUUGGAGAACGCUCUAAGACAGAGCAGACUGAUGACUUCCUCAGUGUGCUUGAUAGUUCGGCUGUCGCUUCUGGAAAUUCCUUAGAAUGCCUGAUAAUACCUGUUUUCAUCUGGGUUUCCUCUCAGUUUGGUCAUCCUGUGUUCUGCAGGCUCUGUCCAGAGGCAGAGGCCAUAACGGUAGCCUUUGUCUCAUGCCUCAAACAAUGCUUCUCAACAUCGCCAUGGUGACUGCAGAUGUUAGUGACGUGCUGGGAGCCAGGCCCAGGAGGCCUUCUCAGUGGCUUCCACUCUCAGACUGCUCUGCAGUGUGCAGCUGGGGCACACAGACACGUAAGGGACAGUCUGAACCUCGGCCCUGCUGCUCCAGUUCCAGGGUUGUGAACAUGGGAUGCAGAGAUGGGGGCCUUCUGUCUCCCCGCUGCCCACAGCACAGGGAGUGUGGCCUUCCCCGGCACAGACUUAACUGAAGGGACUCUUUGAGGCCAGUGCAUCGCCCCACCCCUCGCUCUCUUUCGCUCUCUCUCUUGUUCCCUGUCCCCUUCCUCUGCAGUCACCCCCCUUCCCAGACUUGGAAAUCCUCAAGGAUGGCUGUGCCCCACAAACUCUAGUGAGUCUGGAAGAGCAUUUCUACUCUAGGAUUGCUACAAUUUUUGGUACUUGUAAAGCUAUUUAGUGGGUUUUUAAGUAUCUUAUUAAAGGUGCAUUCGGGGAAAUAUGAAUUAGGCCUUAAUUUUAAGUUUUGGCCUGAGUGGUUCUUUCUUUUUUAACAGAAGAUACUUGGUAACCAAGAAGUAUUCCAGGUUAGAAAGAACACUACUUGUCCUCUUCAUUUCUCCAUGUUAAGGGCUUUUAAACUUUGACACAUCCUUUAGAUUGCCUAAAAAUUGAAAUGACUGCUUUAAAAAUAGUCUCAACUCUUAAAUAUCUUGCUAUUUAUUGGGAGUGUUGUUUAAAGAUCAUAAAAUUAUUUAUGCAAUAUUUUUAGAUUGCCUACAGCAAAUACAUUACAUAGAAACCCCUCUGCUAAUGGGAUCUAAGUGAAACCAGAUACAAAUAUAUAUUAGAUUCUUAAGUUUUUUAAAUAGAUACCUGUUGAACUUGGGGACAGCCCAAAUCUUUCAUUCUGUAUCUGCAGGUGCACACUGGUUCUUAACUCAGGCUGAAAAGAAGAGACCCCAGGGAUGCUUCUUUAAAAUACCCUUGCCAGUCCAGCACUGUGGCACAGUGGAUUAAACUGCCGCCUGUGACACCUGGCAUCCCAUAUGGGCACUGGUUUGAGUCCCUGCUGCUCCACUCUGAUCCAGCUCCCUGCUAAUGGCCUGUGAAAGCAGCAGAGGAUGGCCCAAGUGCUUGGGCCCUUGCACCCAUGUGGGAGACCUGGAAGAAGUUCCUCACCCCUGGCUUUUGCUUGGCCCAUCCCCAGCCAUUGUGGCCAUUUCAGGAAUGAACCAGCUUAUGGAAGAUCUCUGUCUUUUUAUAUCUUUCCUUCUCUAAUUCUGCCUUUAAAUUAGUAAAUCUUUUUUAAAAAAUUACACAAACACACACACACACACACACACACACACACACUUGCCCCCUUGCACUCCCAGGUUCUAAUUUAAUUUAAUGGGAUGAGGCCCAGGCAUCCAUAUUUUUCUGUGUGCUCUAGAUCAUUCUAAACACAUCCAGGGUUAGAAACCCCAAUGCCUUUGCAGGUGCAAAUUAACUCUCCCUCCUUGCCUAUGGAGCCUUUCCCCGACUCGCAGGCAUCCAGAAGGCAUUCAUUCCCCUGCUUUGACAACUCAUCUUUCUAAAAUCCUGGUCUGUCCCCGUACAGAGGGCCAUGCCCUGUAAUGAAAUUUUUCUUCCUCUGUGUAAGUGGAAGAUAGACAUUUUGGCACUUCUAAACCAUCUCCCACCAUUGUUUUGAAGGAAAGCGAGAAGAAUGGUGCUUUCUAGUUCCAAAGAAGAUGCUUUGGCUAUUCUUAUGACGAAUAGCCAGGCUCAGCUCUUGUACGCAUUCUGCUUUGUAUCUGAACUGCCGAAAAACUCAACAAUAAAGGAACUGUAGAGAAGUGUGAUGCUUAGCUUAUUGGCACAUGUGCAUACAUAUUUGCUCUUCCAAUGGACCAGGUCUUUCAGUUCUCUCCUGAUGCUGAUUUUAUACAUACUCAUAUCACACUGGACUUGGUUCUUCCAAUAUUCCAAAUGACAGUAGAAUUUUAACUUUAUAGACUUGAUUGCACAUAAACAAAAGGCACCUUUAUGUACUUCCUUCACUGUUCCCAGUGGAUACAUGACCAGAAACCCCUAUGCCUUUUAAAACUCUCCAGAGCUAAGGUCAUCCUGCACCUGUCUGCACACCAAAGGAAAAACAGUUCACCAAGUCGGAUGAAUCAGUUGAAAACUGAUUGUACCUCCAUCUGGGAUUUGGCUGCCUAACUGUCAGAGCCCAGUGCAAAAGGACAAAUGGGGACUGGCCUUUCAAAGAUCAUCAAGAAACCCAAGAUGGCCACAGCAGAGCAUUAAACCUUUUGAGCAAGGUGGGGGCGGGGGAACCUCGUGUGACUGCGCAGGUCACAAAAAACCAGCAGCAUGUGGAUCUAAAUAAUGGCUUUGGCUCUUGGUUCUGGGCACAUAAACCAUGACUGAGUGAGUGAAGAUAAAGCACCAGGCCCCAAAGUUGCUUCUGUUCGAAUUAGAGUAGCUCAUCUCAACGGCUGUGCAUCAGGACGUAGGAGAGUGGCCACUGCUCUCAGGUUGAAACUAUGGCCACUGGAAGUAAAGGAAAGCAGACAGCCCAAGUCUGGCCCUGUGUGGCUGCAUGAGUGUUACCUGGAGGAAAGGAAGGGGGGAAACGUUAUAGAUAAAAAUGACAUCAACUCCCAGAGAGAACACUGGCUUCUUAAUAAAUACACUUCAGUAAAUCCGUCUUUUUCAGGAGGUGAACUAUUCUGCUUUGAAAAGGCUGGAUGGAAAUUUUGCAGUGGCAUCAUUUGGAGGUUGUGUGUCCUGCAUUCAUGCAAAUUAAUUAUUUUUGGAAAUCUAAAAGUAAUUUAGAAAAUGUCUGGGACAAAUCUGAUCUUUAUUUCAUAUGCUAGGCUGUGUUUUCUGUGAUUAUGCAAUAAAUUUACAAUUAUAUUUAGCAACCUGAAGAAAAUAAAAAUAAAUUUGGAUUU